AUGGGCUAUGGAGUCUUUCACGCCUUGAAGGACGGUGGUGACAAGAAAAGAGAAUUAUCUCAAGGCGGCCAGCUGCCAAUGGACGUUCAUUUCAUCAAUGUCGAGAGACCUGGCCGUGUCCCCAACUGGCAACUCAGUCAGAUCACGGCUCACGCGAUGCGUAGGAACCAUGAGCGGCGUCGUGGAAUAGAAAUCCGUCUGGCGACAGGACCACCCUCUCCAAGGGUGAACUGCAGGCGGGUUGAUAAGGAUCACCUGCUUGAACAGCUAUCUGGGGAACCGCGACCUAAUAUCUCCAACCAAGAUGUGGACUCUCGAAACCCAUUGCUCCUGCUGAAGCAUGGCAGGACAGCCAAUGCGAGCACCAAGGCACCGCCUACCGCUGCCCCUGGAGACAAGAAGAGGGCCCACCCAACAACCUUGCCAUCCUCCACCUCACUGUGCCGCCUAAGCAAACAUGGAUCUUCCCCAGAGACGCUCUCAGCCGACACCCAAGCGGAUCCUUGUGGCUGCCCUGCAUGUGGAGCCGAAUCAUUAACCCUUGCAGCUUUCUCUUCCACUCCUACCGACAGCGUUUUCGGUGGCCUGCGAACCGAUCCAUUUCUCCGAUACCCUAUUGCAUCUCAGGACUAUUUUCCGGCUGUAAUUGACCAUUGUAGGGCGGUUAUAGCACCGAGCCCUGCUUUUUUCGAGCUCUUUAUGACGCACGAUGUCUUAUUUGAGGCCAUCAUCACUUGGGUGCUGUGUACCUACUUGGUGGAUACGCCCGAGCUGAAAAAGGCUAUGCUAUACCAUUAUGGGGGGUGUCUGUCCAAGAUCAGGGAAUGCCUCCUCUUCCCCGGUUCCACUCGAAGGGCAGUAAUGGCGGCCAUUUCCAAUCUGGCUGCUGUCUGCGCUUACUUUGAAGAUGAUGAAUCUUUCACCAUGCAUCGUAACGCACUACGCUAUCUGGGUCAAUUCAAGGACGACGAGGAUCUGCGCAAGCGUGAUAUUCGUGCUUCGACCAAACGUCCUUCUAGUUUCCACGACGCUUUGUCAUAUGCUCAACCCAGGUUAAAGGGCAAAGCUGGCCUUCCCCUGGGCUGCUCCUCUUCUCUGGCAGCAGGGGUGUCAAAUCCGAUGGAGCCGGUAUACCCAACCCUCCCAUUCUCUGCCGAGUUGUCUGCGCGCCUUUCCAGACUCUGUGAAGGUUUCCGAGAGCUGGCCUUGCGCAGGAUUCUCUGCGUCCAGCUUAUCGAACGACUAGCCAUGGAAAGAGGCCAAAUCGUUCGCCUCGCUUCGAGAGCAACAAGCGACCGCGACAAGUCUCGGGCCCUUCGAGAACGAUUGACGCCGAUCGAGCGCCUGGUCUGGUUGGGCUUCUCCGUGUUCCACUUAUACACGGCCACGUACCAAUUGGACCGCGAAGAAAUGGCGGAGACUUUCCUCGAGUGCUCACGAAAGAUGGUUCAUGGUUCUCAACUUGAAAAUGAUUGUCUCCUAUGGGGUGGGUGUGUGGUCACAGCGACCAAGGAAAUCGCAGGAUGUUCGCUUGCACAGGGGGAAGCUGUGACGAAAACCCUCCUAUCGAGAUUCAAGAUGAGCAUCGAGGAAAUGGAUGCCGUGACGCAGAGAUUUCUCUGGAACGAAUCCAUGAGCUCGUGCCUGACAGCAGCCCUGCGUCACCGCUUCAUCGUUGUGCCAAAGAUCGAAGAGACUGCCGAGUGGCGCACAUGGCUAUGA